UUCCCGCCGUCUCAAGAUACACUUCCACUUCAAACACCUUGCCUUUACUUCGUGUCUGGGUGUAUUCUAAUAUGUACCGUCUAGCAAUCAGGUCAUGGUUGCCGGUAAUGACAGUACUAUUUGCGACGAGCCUCUUCUUCGACACCGCCUCCGCCAGUCCCAUCGACGGGACGUGUCCAGGCAGAAUGGGUAAUCGUGAGAUCUACAAGAAAGUUGAUAGCGUUUGUAAGGACUGUGUUAAUAUCUUCCGAUUGCCAGAGCUGGAAGGCUUGUGUAGAGAUGAGUGCUUCAUCAACGAUUGGUUUCUAUUUUGUGCGAAGGCUGCCAAGCGGAUGGACGAGAUUGAAAAUUUCAGAGUGUGGAUAAGUAUCCUGAACGCCUGAAAAUGAGAGUGAGCCCAGAAGAACCCAUUCCCUUCUUUAGCUUGACCUCACUUACAAGGGCCAACAUUCACGACUCUCGGCGACCAAGGAUGAUUAUCAUUACAAUUCUUAAGCUAGCCUAUUUUGAUUUUCUGUUGGGUUAACGGUACCCUUAAAUGACAUUUCAGUCUGAGCCUACAAGGCCGGGUGGUCAUGCAGUGUAUGUAUGGGAAAGAUUGCAUCUAAAUAUUGUGUCUGAUCCGCGGUCGUUUGCCCUUAUCAUGACCUAGAUCUCUGCUUAUAUUGCAGUUCAUAUAGUGCACUGAUCUGGAUUUGGAAAUUAAAUUAUAAGCAAUUUUUCUCACGUGUUUCAAUUUACAGAUAUUCUGUACAAGCUUGAUUUUUUAUGUGAGUUGACUACUUCUUUAUGUUAAGAUGAACAUAAAUAAACUUGUGAACUAC